CCUCCGCCCACUUCACCCCGACAACCAACGGAAAGGCGGCGCCAGCGUCGUGCGCCCAAUUCACAUGGGUAUCGAUUAUUGGAAGAAAAAAAUACUGUCAAAUACUAAUCAUCUUUUCUUCCCACCUUAAAAUCAUUGGUGGGGGGAGAGAAGCCUCCUCAUACGGCAGCAGAAGCUCUUGACACAUUUCGGUGUGAAAUUGGGAACUUCCUGUUGCAAGGUUCCAGACUUCGAAUAUCUCCAGAUGGAUCUGCGAGUGUUCUGCAAGGUUUCGCUUUAUUCACUCUUUUACUUCGCUGUGUUUGAAGUGGGAGCAACAAUUGACAUUGAUAAUGAGGACUUCAUCAGGGAAUGCGUCAAUACCCACAAUCUAUAUCGCUCGCAAGUAGAUCCUCCCGCCAGCGACAUGCUGUAUAUGUCCUGGGAUAGGAUUCUUGCUGAAGCAGCUCUCGCAUGGAGUAAGAAAUGCUGGUUUGAACAUAACAGUGACCUAAAAAAGCCAUGGAAACUUCAUCCAGUAUUCAGGACUAUUGGAGAGAACAUUUAUGUCCAGACAGGUUCCACUUUAAAUGUUCCUGCUGCAAUAAAAAGUUGGUAUGAUGAGGUUCAACAUUAUAAUUAUGAUUCUCGAAGGUGCACACGUGUAUGUGGCCAUUACACCCAGCUUGUCUGGGCAUCAAGUUACAAAGUUGGCUGUGCAGUUCACACCUGCCCUGGGGGAAUUACUGACUUCCACCCUCAGCUUUCAACUAUUUUUGUUUGUGAUUAUGGACCACCUGGAAAUUAUCAAAGACAUCCUUAUUUAAAAGGAAAAGCGUGUACUCAGUGCCCUGACAGUUGGUGUGAAAAUAAAUUGUGCAGAAAUGCAACACGUGAGAUGACAAGUGAUUCAAAUUCCUCAUGUGACAAUUACUGCAUUGCUGUUUUAGUAAUAAGACCGUUGACUCUUAUUAUUAUCGUCAGUGGAGUAUACCUUGUACAACAGAAGUACACCAACAUGUUUGCCUAUAUAUAAUACGUCAACAUUCUUCCAUGUCUGCAUUUAUAUCAGACCUGAAUAUUGGAUUUUGUGUGGUUGAGAGAAGGAAAGAAAAUAACACUUCCAUUAAAUCACAUGAAGAGUAGAUCAGUUCCUAUAGAGAAUAUAUCUUUCAUUAAAUUUCCCAAGUAAACCCAAAACAGAUAUGUAUUUUAAAUGUAAAAUCUCAAAAUUUCUGAUGAAUCAUAAGGGAUUAGGCCAAACCCAUCUGCAGUAUGUCUCAAAAAGUGAUACCAUGCCAACAUUUCAAUUUGUCAGUUGCUUUGUAAACUUCUACACACUUUUGGAAAUAACUUCAAUUUACCUGCAACAUCUAAGGAGGAAUGCAUCAGGGGAUGUCGGAUAUUUUAGAUUAGGACAAUCACUGAGUAUGAAAGGGAACAUUUUGUGAGGAACUCAUUUCAUUUUGCUGGUUAGUGACUGAAGUUUGAAUUUUGCUUUUAAGAUAUGCUUGUAUUUGUAAUCAUGUUAAUGGAGAUACAUCUUGAUCUUUUGUACUUUGAUGUUUUCUUGUGAGUAUUUCUGCUUACUAAUGUCAAGAAUAUUUCUACAUGGGAAUGGAGUUUUAUAUUUUAAGCUUUCAGCAUCAUCUACUCCAGAUUGAUCAUAAUACAGGCAAAUAAAAUAUAAAACUCUUUCAUAUGCUUUAAUUUGCACUUAGUUCAAAUAUCAAGUGUUUUAUUUGUAUACUUGCUUUAAGGUUUGUCACUGCCAAUUUAGGGCUGAUUUUGUCCUGUGGCUCGCACUCACUGAAUUAAUGGACAGAACUGGAUUCAUGUUGUCCAAAAUCACUGGAUGGACUCCGCCUAAAUUUAUUCUGGCAAUAGAAUUAUUCAAAAUGGGUUUCCAUAAAGAAAUUAUUUUUUCAAAAAGAGAUUACGACCUGAAUAAGUAUAGCUUUUUGGUAUAAAUUUGAAUCGAUGCAUUUAAGGAUUUCAUUCAAGAAACAAUAAAUUGACAUCACAAAUUGUAAUCAAAUUGUAAUUCAUACUCUUGGAACUUAUUUUUAAACAUUGAAUGAGGCAGAUGCAUGAUUCUAUUGAAGAAGAGAAAUCAGCGAUCAUUCACUCAUAAUUGCAAUAGUCUGUGGAUCAGCUAAGUCAUCCAAAUGUUAAUACCACUUUUGUCAACAUAUUUCACACUUUUAUGUCAUUGUACAUUUCAAGAUUGAU